CGGAACGACUUUAAACCUCGAUCGCAAGUAAAUUAUAACGACAUUCCGUUUACGCCGAAGCUCUGAAACCACAUCAAACGCCUGCUCGGGUUGCUAUGAACAAACCCAGCGGAGUUGCAGAGCUCAUUGCCGCUGCAUUUUCAGUGACAACAACAUAGGGGGCGACUGUGUCUGAUAAUUUUAUCGUUUGCUGUGUGCUGAACUUUUGCGGUCAUCAUGGGGGCCGGGGAAGAGAAACGCCAAGAAAUGAUGCAAAACUUGUUUGGGGAAUCGGAUGAAGAGGUAGAAUCUGAUCAAGAAGCUGUUCAGCAGUCUGCAUAUCUAUCUGAUGAAGAAGGGGAAGGUGAAUUUGAGGGUGAAGGCCAAGCUGAAAUUGAAGGAGAAGGUGAAGCUGAACCUGAAAGUGAGGGAGAAAGAGCAGAUAGUGAGCCUGAUAAAGAAGAAAGUGAAGGAGAAAGGUAUAGAAGCUCACCAGAAAGAGAGAUUAGUGGCCAAAGGAUGGAGAGUGAGGGAAAAGAAGCAGAAAGUGAUGCAGAAGAAUAUGAUAGAAGGGAAGCAACAAGCAGGAGACAGGUAGUCAGUGCAAGUGUAUCUGAAGGGUCUGGAGAGCAUAAGGGUUUAGAGGAUGGGGAUGAAGAAGUUGAACAAAUCAGAGAACUAAGCGAGCAAGGUGAUGAGCACAAUGUUUUACGUUCAACAAAUAUGCAGGAAGUUUUUGGUGAUUCUGACGAGGAAGAGCCACAAGAAUAUGCUGGUCAGAAUAGCCCAGAACAAAGUGCAGGUAGGGCUGUUUCGGAAGAGGAAGGAAGUGUACAAAGGGGAAUACAUCCAGAAGAUAUGAUACAGGAUGAAGAGGGACAAUAUGAAUCUGAAGAAGAGCAACUAUUUGAUCAAAAGAUAAAGGAAAAGCCAGUAGGUCCACCCUUAGAUUUGGAGAUUCCACUUUUAGCACCACCAGGUCGCCCAGAGAAGAUGAAUAUUGUGCGAGUGUCAAACAUAAUGGGAAUUGAACCAAAGCCGUUUGAUCCUAAGACGUUUGUUGAAGAGGAAGUCUUCAUUACAGAUGAAUCUGGGGCUAAGAAGCGUAUUAGAUUGGAAGAUAAUGUAGUGCGAUGGAGGGAGGUCCGAAAUCGUAAUGGUUCCAUCUCUGCUGAAAGCAAUGCCCGCUUUGUUAGGUGGUCAGAUGGCAGUAUGCAGUUGCUUAUUGGAAAUGAAGUGCUUGAUAUAUCUGUCCAAGAUGCAAGACGUGAUAAUGCUCAUCUAUUUGUACGCCAUGGAAAGGGAAUUCUGCAAUCUCAAGGGCGGCUACAGCAUAAGAUGAGAUUUAUGCCAUCUUCUUUAUCUUCAAAGUCACAUAAGUUGUUGACUGCUCUUGUUGAUUCUCGACAUAAGAAGAGUUAUAAAGUGAAAAAUGUUAUAACAAACACAGAUCCUGAAAGGGAGAAGGAGGAAAAGGAAAAGGCUUUGGAGCAAAGAAUCAGAAGCAGAGAAGAUCUUCAUCGAAAGCAGGAGAAAAUUACCCGCAAAUAUGCACCUGUUCGUGAGAGGGAGCCACAGCUUUCACCAGGAUAUUUAGAGGAAGCACUGGAGGAAGAUGAAGUGGAUGGAUAUGCUGAGAACCGAAGAGUGCAUGCUCGACGCUUCCAAGAGGAAUUGGAAGCAGAAGGCAGAGCUGAAAGACGGAUAAUCAAUGCUAAAAAGCAACCACCUUCAAGAGAGCGUCCACCUAAAUAUUCUAGAGAUAGGCGUCCUGUGCGACCUUCUAGACGUGAAGCUGAGGAAGCCAUGUCAGAUGAGAGUGAAAGAGAGGUAUCUGAGUAUGAGAGUGAGGGUCUUGAGGAUGAGGAAGAACCUGUUCAAGAUGAUGUUGAGGAGCAGGAAGCUGAAGAAGAAGAGGUUGAGGAACAGGAGGAAGAGGAGGAUGAAGUGCAGCAGGAUGAAGAAGAGGAGUAUGAGGAGGAUGAAAGAGGAGAUAAAAGGAGGAGACGAGAGAGAGAUGAAUCUCCUUUGGAGGAGUCACCCCCACGUAAGCCUGCCCAGCGCAGAAGGGUGGUUGUUAGUGAGAGUGAUGAGGACUAAGUAAACUAGAAUUUACUGGAAAGUAUCUAGGUUCAGCAUAAUAAUCAUGAAGGCAAAAUUAUUUUGGAUCCAUAUUUAAUUGGAUUUUCUCUGGACAAGUGGCCGCAGCGGACCAACCAAUGAUGUGAGUUUUACAGGCUGUUGGGUUCUGCCACAACUUUGUUUGUUGUGAUGCCCUGGAGUAACCAAACACAUUCACAAAUACAUGAUAAUUAAUGAUUUGUGGUGAUAGGUGUAUAUAUACAUUUUGAUUUUAUUUAAUAAUAAGUUAAAAAGUUUUGUUU